UAGUUUUCGAUAUUUUUCACAAAAGGGUUAGCCGUUACAAUUAUGGUGAACGGUAACAAACAAUCAAAAAGUACCGAUGCAAAAAAAAACAAUGUGGUGGAAAAAAAAGUUGACAAAAAGGGUAAAAAGAAUGGAUCAAAGGAAGAAAAGUCGAGGAAUCCCGAGAAAGAGGAAAAGAGUAAAUUUAAGGAUUUAAAAGAAGAGAAAUCGAAGGUGCCUGAUGAUGGGAAGAAGCAAGAGGACAAGAAAGAAGUGAAAAAGGAAGAAAAGAAAAAAGACGAAAAAAAUAAAAAGUCGAAAAAUAGAAAGUCUAAGAUGAAACCUCCACCAGAUACCCAGGAGUUAGCUAACAAGAAAAAGUUCUGUAAUUGGUUCUUCGUAGACGAGUUGGAUUGUAAAAAGCUGAUGAGAGAUUUUGUGGCUCUUAGAGCUCCGAGCACUUGUGUUGCCGAUACAAUGAAGAAACAUUCAGAAAAGUGUAGAUACUACGAUAUUCUCUGUCCUGACGCAACUCGUGUGGUUCUCCAAAAUCGUCCACCUGACAACGAUUUCAUUCAUGCUAACUGGAUGACUAUGCCUGAUAAAUUCCGGUAUAUUUCUGCCCAGGGUCCUAUGGAUCAAACGGUCGAAGACUUUUGGCAUAUGGUCUAUACGGAAAAAGCGCCAGCUGUCGUAAUGAUAUGUGAUUGGGAAGAGGAUGGGAUUCAGAAAUGUUCUCGCUACAUUCCAUCAGAAGACAACAUAUCUCACGUCUGUGGAAUCUACAGAAUCACUAAAAUUGAUCAAAUGACAAUGGUGUAUGCGGAUGUAGCAUUGCAGAGUUUUGAGAUUAGUGUUACUGAUAAGUCUUUGGAAUGUCCAUCUCUGGUUGUGAAGCAUUAUCAUUUUCUCAAAUGGCGAGAUCACACUGCUCCAAUGACAUCCAUAUCAGUAUUAAAAUUGUUGAAAGCGUUGAGAGAUCCAAAAAGACCAGGUCCACCUGUAAUCCAUUGUUCAGCUGGAAUUGGUAGAACUGCCACGUUGAUCGGUGUUGAUUACGGUAACCAAAGGAUCGGAGAAGUUGGCGAGAUGAACGUUCUUGAUAUUGUUCGUGAGAUGCGUCAAAUGAGGGAUAAAGCCGUUCAGAGUCAUCAUCAGUUUAUAUUCAUGCUUAUGUGUAUUGCAGAUCGAAUGGUUUUGGAUGGUGUCCCACAAAACGAUAAUAUGCUGGACCUGGCAGAUUUCUACACGGAAUUCAUGAAGAAGGUGUUGAUGGAGAGAAAAAAGAAAGAUGAAGCUGAAAAAGCAAAAAAGGAAAAGGAAGAAAAAAGGAAAAGGGAUGAGGCUAAUGAUAAGACUAAUGAAAAGUCAGCAUUGUCGAAGACACAGUCUGUACUUCAAUAAGAUCAACUUGUUUUAAAGUAUUCAUUUGAGAUUGCUACUUGGAUAAUAAAUGUAUCAUUUCGAUGAUCCUUUGGAACUUUUGGAAUUUUUGUUGAACAUUUAACACUGAACAUAGCCGCUUGCA